CAUGGCAACCCCGCACCAAAAUAUUCAGUCGUUUCUUCCUCUUGUUUCGUCGUUUUUAUUUCAUUCCGAGCAACAUUUGUGGACCGUCGAAGCGUGUGGUGACCACGUAGCGACGUGGCUGGAGAGCGUCAUGCGAGAGAACGAUCGCUUUUUGGCCGAAGUCAGCCCUGCCCGCAGCCCCGCUUGCCUGCAGUCGCACGCGCGGCUGCUCUUCCACCACGCGGCAGCUGCGAGGGACUGCGCUCUGUCGGAGGACGUCAAGUAUCGCGCGCUGGAGAUGUAUUGCAGCUUCGCCCCCGCCCACCUGGACGCCCAAAUAGCCCAGGCGAGGGCCUCCACGCCGCCCGGAGGAGAGCAGGAGGAGCGGAUCCGGAGACUGAGGGCGCGGGUGGAGCAGCAGGCGCCCCUGAGAGCUCUCACCUGCUUGAUGGUCGCAUGCAAGGUGGCAGGGGAGCGGGGGGUUCAUCUCGAUCACGAGAGUCUGAAUCCCAGAACAUUGCAAAGACUCUUGGAAAGCGAAGGGUUCUUGUAUACCAUUGCAGAUAUCGUGCGCUCUGAGCAACGGGUCUUGGAACAGCUGGAGUUCCGGUGCUUCAGAACAACCACGGCAUUAGAGCUGCUACAGCUGCUCAUGUCCGCUGUGGUGCUGGACUGCCUGUGCGGCGGUGCCAAGGACAGUGCCUUCCAGUGCCAAUUCGUAAAUUCCCUUGAGACCCUACAUAGAACAGCCGUGAGCUUGCUGGACUGUGCCCUGCUAAACAGGAAGAACAUUUACGAAGAUUUUUACCAUUUGCUUAAAGGGAGGAGAGAAAUACAUGCAAGUCACAGAGCAACGUUCGAGCGAAUCUCCCAGGACCGCGUGCUAUUCGUGGGCUCGACGCUGGUGUCCGCCACGUGGGCCGUCGCCAGCAGGAGAGGAGCUGCUCGUGCGGCGGCCUGUCUCAUGGCGCGCACGGGGAUUCCUCCUGGGGACUUCCUCGGGCUAUCCUCCUGCAUCUGGGCCGUCAGGAGAGAGAAGAAAGGGCUGAGGAAGAGGAGAAAGCUGCUGGAGGCUGAGCAGAGCUGGUGGGAGUUGGUUCGGUCUGGGCAGGUGUGUUUCGGGUCCAGUUCGACGGAGGAAUCGGAUAAUUGAUGAUUAUGGAUGUCAUCAUCAUCAUCAUCAGUCACCAACACCAUCUUCAUCAUCAACAACAUUAGCAUGAGCGUUAUUAUUAUUGUCCAAGAUCACAGAUGAUAUAUUUCCAUAACCAUAGUCAUCAUUAUCAGCAACGACCUCAUAUUGAUACUAAGACUUAUGAUAAUAUUUUACAUUUCACUCCAUUUAUCACCAAUUUUAAUAGAUUUAGA